AUGAUCCGUCUCGAGACUCAGUAUUUUAAUCUGAAUAGGAUUCUUCUGCUCGCUAUUGGUUUAUGGCCCUAUCAACAAUCGAACUUCACUCGAUUUCAAUUCAUUUUCUUGUCUACUACUUUAAUUACAAGUCUUAUAUUUCAAUGUACACCAUUUAUUUCACAAAAAUGUACUUCGUAUUUCGUCACCAAAAUUUUAUCUUCCGCAUCUAUUUUCGCUCUCUUUGUGAUAAAAUAUAAUAUGUUCAGUGUUAAUAUCAAAGCUGUGAAAGAUUUACUGAAGCAGCUACAGCUUAUAUGUAAUGAAUUAAAAGACAAAAACGAAUUUGCUAUCAUAAACGAAUAUGGAUGCAAUGCUAAACGUUGUACCGCUGCACUUAUCAUAUGUGCUAUUUGCAGUCUACCUGUUUUUAUCGUCGCUCAAUUUUGGUCGAGUAUCCUCAAUAAUAUAUUAUCAAUAAAUGUAUCUCAACCACAUCGUUUCCUAAUUCCAAUGGAAUACUUCGUCGAUCAAGAAAAAUAUUUCUACUGGAUUCUGCUACAUUAUAAUGUAUCGUUCUGCAUUGGGAUAACUGCAAUGAUAGGAAUAGGAACAACGCUUCUUGCGUAUUAUCAACAUACUUGCGGAAUGUUUAAGAUCGCCAGCUAUCGUAUUGAACACGCAAUGAACAGUAACAUGCUACAAAAUAUUAAUUUCAAAAACGAACUUUUAAUAUUCGAGGGUUUAAUUUGGGCUGUGGACAUUCAUCGACAAGCUAUGAAAUUGACCAAACAUUUGCAAUCGAGUAUUCAAUCGAUGAUGUUCUGUAUAAUAGUAUUUGGAGUAGCCUCAAUGAGCCUCAAUCUGUAUCGAAUUUUUCAGAUUAUACAUGCAGAUGAUACAUCUCUAGAUAAUGCCAAAGAAUUAAUAUUGCCCAUUCUAUAUACAACAGUCACUUUUUUAUAUAUGUUCUUAUCCAACCAUAUCGGUCAAUAUGUAACGGAUCACAAUCAUAACGUAUUUGUUACCGUAUAUAACGUUCGAUGGUAUAUAGCUCCUUUGCAUAUUCAGAGAAUGAUAUUGUUCUUGUUACAAAGGGAAUCCAGAGAUUUUGUUUUGAACGUCGGAUUUUUUGUUAUAUCUAUAGAAUUUUUCGCCACGCUAGUCAAGACUUCAGUGUCUUACUUUACAGUUAUGUAUUCUACACAAUAACUAUUAUUAUCACAGAAGUAACAAAUUCUUAUAUUUUAUGUAUAAGCAAGAUAAAAGAUUAUUUUGCAGCAUGUAAAAAUGUAGCUCGAUUUUUUCU